CAUGUAUGUAUGUUCACAGUUGAAGACGGCACAGGAAGGCAAUACAUAGACAAAGAGAGGUAACUCUGAAAUAACAGCAGUAUGGUGAAAGGUUUUUUAUUCAAGCACAUAGCAACUGACAGAAGAUCGCGAAGGAAAGAAGUAAAAGUCCCACCAGUGUUAAGAAAAAGCCUUGAAAGCGACCUAAAGACAAAUGGCGCAGAUAAUCCUGGGAAAAGGAAACGCGGUAUCAGCAAAUAUUUGCCCAUAAAGCGAGGAAGAAAUGGAAAUUUUCCGGGUAUAAAACAAACCCUUGUUUCCUUUGACUUUGAGCCUAAGGAACUAAACUGUCACCGUUUCGUGUCAACAAGACUGCAGUGCAUAUUGGAUUCCAGUGACGUCAACAUAGAUAUUGAUAUUGAAAAAGGGCUGUUGCUAAUACAUCAUUCAAGUGUUUCUGUCAGAGAUAUCUGUCUGCAACUUUUCGAGUCUCAACCAUCAUGUGAAAAACCAAACGAAGAUGGAAUUUUCCGUAGAAACACAGUUGUCGUAUGUUACGUCGACGAGAAUCUUGAAAAGAAUAAGGAAUUGAUGGGAAACCUGUCGAAAUCGGUAGAUAUGAGUCAUCUAUUCUUUGUAAUUGACGGGUCGACGUCAAUAGGAAGAGUUCUGGAGAAUAGCAAAUUGAAAGUGUCCCUAAAUCAAAUCAUCAUUCAGACAUCCCAAAUGUCACGGGUAUAUCAGAAGAUGUAUGAAGAUUUAGAGAGAAAUGUUGAGGACGUAAGGAAAAUAAUAGACACCCUACCACAGGAAAGCGAAAUACACCCAUUAAGUAGAAAAUUGGCAUAUAUUGAAAAGAAGCUUACAGAACGGAAGAAGCCCAAACAUAUCUCAGAAAACUGUAGAAAGAAACUAGAAAGUGCUCUGGAUUUUGGAGUUAUUGCAUACAGAACAGACAGUAAAAGCCUUACAGUUUAUAUAAACCAACCACGGACAAGAUCACUCGAUGCAAAGCUACGCGAUUUAGAAAAGAACUGCUCACCCUUGGUUUUGCGGUGUUGUAGAGUCCAAACACCGGUUUACAGACCACAUUCCCUGCAAGCUGGCUGCCGGGUAGAAACUGAGGGUCAGAAUGUGUUAGGAACGAUUGGAAUAUUUGGAAAGAAAGUUCUGGAACAUGCGGAGCAGGAUAUUGCGAUCACGUCUGCGCAUGUCAUAUGGGAAGGUUGCCAUGCAAGGGUACACGUAGAAGGCGGUGAUAAAGAAAUAGGUCAAUGUAUUUGGCCACCAAAACCUCCCGAAGGAAACUUGGAAGGCAAAAUUCUGGACAUGGCAGUUAUUGAAAUGAGGUCGGACCUGGCUGAAAACAUCUCAACUUCAGAAAAUAUUUAUGUUUAUACUGGUCAAAAACACGAAUUAGAAUUCCAAAGAGUUUACAAACGUGGAUGGAAAACGGAUGAAACGCAUGGCGAUAUCGAUAUCCCGCAAUUCAACAUGUUUGGUAAAACGGUAAUGGUGAUUACAACAGGGGAUGGCCGAAACUUUUCUGAACCUGGUGACAGUGGUGCCCUUGUACUCACUAAGAAAGGACAACAGCUUUUUGCUCUAGGAUUGAUAUUUGGAGACGAUUUAAAAUUUCGAGAGAGUGAUGAGGAUUUCCCGGUCAAUGCUUCCAUAGCAAUAUAUCUUGAUGACGCAAUCACCAAGUUUGAAGAGGAAAGUAAGAGAGGGAAGAUUAAAAUUCAGCGAUAUUAGUAUGCUAAUGAUGGAAUUGUCCAUCAAUGUAUCUGCACGACAUAGACAAACCUUAUUUACAGUAGUUUCAUCGAUGUAUCAUGAAGGGGCUCCACUUUGCCAUCAACAAUCGAAUUCAAUGAAAAACGCUCUACUUGAUUUAUUUCAGUAAUUACACCAGUGUUCAAUUAUUUCGAACUCUUUUUACCCCCUAAACAGGCACAUAAAUAUGAAAGGCGAAGAUAACGAACAGUGAUAAAUCUCAUAACUCCAAUAAGCAAUACAAAACAGAAAGUUGGGCAAUCACGGACCCUUGGAUAUACCAGAGGUGAGAUCCGGUGCCUAGGAAGAGUAAUCAUCCCCUGUUGACCGGUCACACCCACCGUGAGUCCUGUAUCUUAAUCAAGUAGAGUUAUCCGUAGUCAAAAUCAAUGUGCCUAUAUAAUCAUUUUGUGAUUUUGGUGAUUAGAUAAUUAUUGUCUUGCAAAGACCAUGUUUUUUUCUUUCAGUAUUUCUUUACACCAAAAGUGGUUAUCUAACGUAGUUUUAAUAGGGUUCUCAUUUGUUUCUGUACAAAGAAAUAGUUUUGAUAGUUAGUAAUACACAUUCCUAUACCACUGAGAUAUUUUGAGGACAAAAUGGUUGUCAUCACUUUUACACCUAUUUGCCCUUUAACAUUUGGAUUGAAGAAGUCUGAUCACUGGCGUUGUAUAUAUUAUAAUGCAAGAUCUGUUUUGUCUUGUCCAGCGACUGCCUCAAAUAUUUGCCAUCUAAAAAAAUAUUUAAACUUUCGCCCAAGGUAAAAUAGAACCUGCAUGUACAUAUUACGAUGUAAAUUAUAGGUAUGUUCAGUGAAACACGUUUUAUGUAUAAUCAAGUACGCAGAAAUUGGGAUAUAAUGCAAUUUUGGAGCUUGGCCAAGAUUAUUGGUUUUGAAGAUACAUACACGAUUUUAUCAUAUAUUUUUUUCCUUUAUCCAGUGGAUAUCACCCAUUGCAUAAUUUUUAGCUAUUACAAUAUGUUUCCCUACGCCGUCUUUGACAUCACCAACAAACAUAAAUUUUACGUACUUUUUUGUUUAUAAAAUACCAGGAAGCAAAAUUCAUAACAAUACAGCAAAGUAAAUGCAGAUGUAAGUUUAUUUCUACUACUUCGUACGUUGUGGAUCAGCUGUUUGGACGAAUAGGACAUGCCCUAAUUUGCUCCACUUUUAACAUUGAUUGGUAAGCCUAAACAACAUGUAGUAUGUGGUAUAAAUACAUUUGUAGAUUAGUGUAGUUGUAGUGCUGGAUGUAUUUAUAUAUAGUUUUUGUUAUUAUUUUCUGUUAAUAUUGGUAACAUUAUGUAAUUAUUUUCAUUUGCCCCGAGGAAGGGACAGGUCGUCCCGAAAAUUUGACAAUCUGGUUGUUCGUGUAGUUGGUCAUUAUAGUGCUUUGUAUAUAUAUAUGUGUAGGACUCCAAAGUGCGAUGGUCACGCCAAAGUGCGAUGAUCUUCGCCAAACCCCGAUGGUCUGACACGCCAAAGUGAGAUGGUCCACACUCAAGCGCCAUAGUACGAUGGUCUGACACGCCAAAGUGCGAUGGUGUGACAAACCGAAAUUCAUUGGUUUGUAAAUGACACACUGUUUUGGUACAGAUUGAACAAACCGUGUGUUGGUUCACCAAAAUAUCAGUGCAAAACCCAUGCACAAAAAGUAAGAAUAAGAACUUACUUCAUUACCAUUUAGUUGUCGUGUUAUCAAACACAGAAUUUUCCAACGCGAAAUCAAAUAGAAUGUUUUGUAUUACAACAUACUGAACUCCGCACCAUUGGCGUUUGGCGUGACCAUCAUACAUUGGGGUCCGUAACGUUAUCCAACCAUCGUACUUUGGCGCGAGCCUUGCACUAUAUACAUUGCGCGAUAUAUAUAUAUAUAUAUAUAUAUAUAUAUAUAUAU